UUAUAGUGCUUUCAAGUCUUUGUUUUGUUUCCUUUCUCUCUUUUGCCUUUGGUGCAAUCCCAAAGGAACAAAAUUUUAAACAUCUUCGCUGUAAUAUGAACCCAAUGCAAGCAAAGCAAUCAUGAUCUUGAUGGUGAAUUAAUGCAUAAGUGCUUCUUCACCCACCUUCCUUCCCACCAUUAAUACACACAGAAAGAGAGAGAAAUUACAAGUCCUUUUCUUUUACCUUUCUUUCUUUCUUUCUAUUUUUUUGCCAGUAAUGGUUUGUUAGUUUUCUCAGUUUCUGUCUUUUCUUGAGACUGAAUGAGAAAUGGGUUUUGUAGAAAGGAAGAAAAGUUUUCCAGCUCUUCUUCUUCUUCCUCUUGCUCUUUCCCUUCUUUUCCUAGAAAGAUUUACUGUCAUUUAUGCUCUAAAUUACACAAAUUAUAAGCAAGUUAGUAGCUUGAGACUUAAAAGGAUUCACAGACAUUUGGACAAGAUCAACAAGCCUGCUGUUAUCACCAUAGAGAGCCCAGAUGGAGACAUCAUAGAUUGUGUUCAUAAAAGAAAACAGCCAGCUCUAGAUCACCCUCUUCUGAAGAAUCACAAGAUUCAGAGAGUGCCAUCAGAAAUGCCAAGAGUGAAAGUGAUGAAUAAGGAAGAAGAAGAAGAAGAAGGAGGAAAAGAGCCAAAAGAGAUGAUGAUGAGUAAUGAAGGAGUGAAGGGUGCAUGGCAAUUGUGGCAUACAAAUGGCACAAGGUGCCCUAAAGGUACCGUUCCAAUACGGCGGAGCACAGUGCAUGAUGUUUUGAGAGCUAAGUCUUUGUUUGACUUUGGCAAGAAACAACGAUCCCUCUCUCUUGCUAGACGCUCUGAUGCCCCCGAUGUAGUCAGUGGCAAGGGACACGAGCAUGCGAUCGCCUACACCGGAACAUCCCAGGAGGUGUACGGAGCGAAGGCAACUAUAAACGUGUGGGACCCGUCCAUCCAAUUGGUCAACGAGUUCAGCUUAUCACAGAUCUGGGUUCUUUCGGGAUCAUUCGACGGUUCAGAUCUCAACAGCAUAGAAGCCGGAUGGCAGGUCAGUCCGGAGCUUUAUGGUGACAGCAGGCCCAGAUUGUUCACAUAUUGGACUAGUGAUUCCUACCAGGCCACAGGAUGCUACAAUCUUCUCUGUGCUGGGUUUGUGCAAACCAAUAACAGAAUAGCCAUUGGAGCUGCCAUUUCUCCUGUAUCUUCAUAUGCAGGCAACCAAUAUGACAUUACCAUCCUCAUUUGGAAGGACCCAAAACUAGGGAAUUGGUGGAUGGGAUUUGGAGACAAUACCCUAGUAGGGUAUUGGCCAGCAGAGUUAUUCACACACCUAGCUGACCAUGCAACCAUGGUGGAGUGGGGUGGUGAAGUGGUGAACUCAAGAGCCAAUGGCCUCCACACUUCAACCCAGAUGGGCUCAGGCCACUUCGCUGAAGAUGGGUUCGGAAAAGCAAGUUACUUUCGUAACCUGGAGAUUGUCGACUCCGACAACAGCCUCACCUCAGCUCAAGCCAUCUCUAUACUAGCUGAGAACACAAAUUGUUAUAAUAUCAAGAGCUCCUACAACAAUGAAUGGGGCACACAUUUUUACUAUGGAGGCCCUGGGAACAAUCCACAGUGCCCAUGAUUACAGCUUCACUACCACUGCCACUCUCAAUUCUACCUAAAAUCUCUAUUAUCAAAUUCUUUAAUCAUGUAAUUAUGGUUUUGCUAUUUCCAUUCUUGUUUCUGCUAGCUCCAAAUAUGAGGAAGCAAUGCUAACUAAACAAGCCAGACAAAGUUAUGGCAUAAACAGGCAUGGAAAUAGCAACGUUUUGAUUGCUAGUUGCUUGUAAUGUAGUUUCAGUUGCUAAGGAAAAUGUUUGUGUCGUAAUA